AUGCCUGGCCUCUGCACGUCCGCCCCGCUGCUCUGCCUGCUCCUCCUGUGCCCGGCCCCCCACGGCAUGGAAGAGCUCCCUCCUCUAAGACGCAGGUUCGAAUACAAGCUCAGCUUCAAGGGGCCGUGGCCUGGGGCAGGAAUUCCCUUCUGGAGCUGCCAUGGAGAUGCCAUCGUGGGCCUAGAAGAGGUACGGCUGGCGCCGUCUAUGAGGCACCACAGCGGGGCUGUGUGGAGCAGCACGUCUGUCCCCUUCUCUUCCUGGGAGGUAGAAGUGCGGAUGAGGGUGACAGGUCCCGGGGCCCGGGGAGCCCAGGGCGUGGACAGGCCAGCUGUCCGCGUGCUGGGCCGCAGCGCGCCUUCCCCAGCAGGGCCGUUUGGGUACGAAGAUGACGCCGUGCUUGGUUCAUGUCACCGAGACUUCAGGAACCGGCCCCACCCCUUCAAAGUCCGCAUCACCUACUGGGGGCAGAGGCUUCGUGUGUCCUUGAGCAGUGGCCUCACACCCAGAGACCCGGAUGAGGUCUGUGUUGACGUCGGGCCCCUGGUUUUGGCCCCUGAAGGUUUCUUUGGGGUCUCUGCAGCCACCAGCACUCUGGCAGAUGACCACGACAUCUUGUCCUUCCUUACCUUCAGUCUGCAUGAGCCAGGCCUGGAGGCUGGCCUCCAGGCCUUCCUAGACAUGGAGCAGCUCCGCUUGGCCAGGCAGCUGGAAGAGUUGACAGCACAGCUGGCCUUGGGCACCCGGGCCAGCAUGGCCCAGCCUGACUUCAAAGCCCAGGAAGAGGGGGAAAGGCUCUUUGACCUGGAGGAGACACUGGACAAACAGACAAGGAUCCUGCAGUCACUCCGGGCUCUCUCGAAGCAGAUGGCCCAGGCCGAGAAGCAAUGGAGGGAGCAGAUGAGGCUCCCAGGCCAGGCAGGGCCUGUGGAAGGCUGGGACCUCACCAACAUCAGCACCCUGCUGACCGGACAGCGGACUCUGCUCAGUGCCCUGCAGGAGGUUAGGGACGCAGCUGUCCGCACGGCCUCGGAUGCCCGGGGCCUCUACCUCCCUGUGGGCACCAAGCAUCACUUCCUGGAGCUGGACCAGAUCGUGGGCGUCCUGCAGAAGGAUCUCCGGGGCCUGGUGAAGAUGGCAGCCAAGGCGCCCUGCCCUGCUGGCCGGCGCCCCGGAGCACCUGCAUGCCUGCAGCCCGGAUUCUUCUUAUUCUUCCUCCUCCUCCAGACCAUUGGCUUCUUCUGCUACGUGAACUUCAGGCAGGAGCUGGACCAGAGCCUUCGGGAAUGUCUGUCCACAGUUCCCUUUCCUCUGGACCCUGCACCCCGCACCCCUGCACCCCGCAUCCCUGGGGUGCUGGGGCUUCUCAGAAGGCAGCCGGUCUCCUCCAGCAUGAAUGCCUGA